AUGUCUCUCGACCUUGCAGUCUCGUCGAAGGAGGAUCUGACCCUCAAACUAUGCACGUGGCUCUCGGCACUGAAAUACGAAGAUCUUCCAGUCGACGUUGUCGAAAUGACCAAGGCGAGUAUCUUGAACAGUGUUGGCUGCGGUCUAUCAAGUUCUCCGUCAUCCCUCACGGCCUCCGCAAAGCUCUAUGCUGCUCUCGAGCCGAUGACAAAAAUCCCACGCCAGGCCACAGUCCUUGCGGUCAAUGAAAAGGCCACGGUCGACGAUGCGGCACUACUCAACGGACUGUUCAUGACGGCGCGCUUUUUCGACGACACCCACCUCACUACUCUCAGUCAUCCGUCCGGCCCGCCGCUGUCAGCUGGAUUGGCCUACGCAGAGGCCGAGGGUCUUUCCGGCAAGGAGCUCAUCGUGGCCUUCGCGGUGGGCGUCGAGGUUGGUUUGGCACUUACCCAGGCCCUUGGUCUCGGUCCGUACAAGAAGGGCUGGCACUUGACAGGGAUCGUUGGCUCGUUCAGUGCCGCUGCCACGGUAGCCAAGUUGAUGAAGCUGGACGCUGCGGGCAUGGCGCGUGCGAUGGGCCACGCGAGCAGUAUGGCUGCUGGAUCAAGAAACGUCUUCGCCACUGACACACUGAUCAUGCAUGCGGGGCGUGCCGCUCAGAACGGCAUCCUUGCUGCACGUCUGGCAAGACAAGAGUUUACGAGUACGACCCACGCUCUGGAGAAAUGGGUCAACCUGAUCAGUGUGCCAGGCGAGGAACAUUAUCCCGAGAAGAUCGUGCAUCUGCUGGAGGAGAAGAAUGGCAAGCGGGAUUGGGCGUUGUUAGAGAACGCGUUCAAGCCGUACCCUUGCGGAAUCGUUAUCCACACCCUCAUCGAUGCGGCAAUCGAGAUGCACUCUUUCUUGUUCAAGGAUGGCAAGCAGCGAGACCCCAAAGAUGUCCUGGACAUUGUCAGCUCGGUCGAGGCAACCGUGUCUCCGAUGACGAUAAGAUUGUGCGGGUUGCCGCACCCGACAAAGUUCACAGAGACCAUGUUCAGCAACUAUCACGGUCUGGCGGUUGGACUGUUCUAUGGAAAGGCAGGAAUCAGCCAAUUCUCGGACGAGGCAGCCAACGAUGCCACCGUGAAGGCUUUGAGGGAUCGGCUGCUGCUCAAGCCUGAUGAGUCCUUCAGAGACAAUCAAGCCAUCGUCAAGUUCACAUACAAGGGUGACGGAGGGACCGAGACAGUCAAGGAGAUAGUUAUCCAAUAUGCCACAGGCUCCUUAGAAAAGCCCAUGACAAAGCAGCAGUUAGACGACAAAUUUGAAGACCAGGCUCUCGAGGGUAGGUUAACACCUGCCAACACGAAGAAGGCCAUUGAAGAGUUCUGGAAUUUGGAGAAGGCUCCCAACAUGCAGCCAUUGAUGCGGUUGUUGAUACCUCAAUCGUGA